AUGGCUCUCUUUAGCUGCUCCGUCAACCCUCCAAGGCAUGUUCAUCUCCUCUCAUUGCUCCUCCUCUUGAGCUCCCUCCAUCCCCUGUGUUUGACUGAAGGUAGGCCAUUUUUGAUGCUUCAGGAGGUUGUGAAGGAGGGCGAAGAGAUGAAGGUGGGGGAGGCGAUGCUCGGAUCGAGGCCGCCGAGAUGUGAAGGAAGGUGCCUCACCUGUGGCCAGUGCGAGGCAAUUCAAGUGCCUGCAGUCCCUCAGGAGACGAGUGGAACCAGGCAUUUCUCCACAGCAAUCACUGCAAGGGGUGAUGACAGCUCCAUCUACAAACCCCUGAGCUGGAAAUGCAAGUGUGGGGGGAUGAUCCUCAACCCAUGA